CAGGAUGGAUAACAAAGCCAUGUACAUGCACACUUUUGGGGAGAGGGAGAAUGGAUCCAUCUUUGAAGAGCCAUUUGAUGGAAAGAACCUUUCGAAGCUGAACCUCUGUGAGGAUGGUCCAGGAAGCAAGAAGAAACCAUCAGGGCCCUGCGGCCAUCUUGGAUCCUUGGCUGCCCUCAAAUAUGCAGUGGUUGGGCUGUACUUGCUGGUGUUCCUGAUUCUUGUGGGAGUCUUUAUCUUAGCAGUGUCUAGACCUCAGAGCUCUCCUGAAGACCUGAAGGUGCUAACGGGGAACGUGAACCGAUUAAACGAAAGCUUGCGGGACCUUCAGUUGAAAACGGUUCACCAGCCCAUCAAGGGAGACUUCCUGGACCACAUCUGGCGCCUCCAGGACCUCCUGCAGAACCACUCGGAUUCCCUCCUGGUGAUGACAGGCUCCCUUCAGAAACUGGAAGGGGUUCUUGGGAGCUUGCAGGCACAAGCUGCUCAGACAGACAGAGUCGUCGCUGGGCUGCGGGACAGCCUGAACCAGCAGAGCGACCUGGCCCAAAUGGAGAUAUACAGGCUCUCGGUGGAGGGAAACAGCAGCCUGCUGAGGCUGAAGCACCACGAAGUCUUGCUCAAUGAGCUGGCGUCCCAUGUGGAGAGCAUGAGCGACCAGCUGACCGAUGUGGGUGGGGAAGUGGGCACCAUGAAUAGGACCCUCUCCUACGAUGUAGGCAUCCACCACACCCGCAUCCAGGACCUACAGGUCCUUAUCAGUAACGUCACCGAGGAUGCCCGGCAAAUGCGUCUCGUCCACAUCGCCAUGGAGCAACAGCUCAAACAUGAGCUGGCCAUCCUAAACAACGUGACUGAAGACCUGAGGCUCAAGGACUGGGAGCACUCCAUCGCCUUGAGGGACAUCUCCCUCAUACAAGGGCCUCCAGGACCAAAAGGGGAUCAAGGCAACGAAGGGAUGGAAGGUGAACCUGGCCCUCCUGGUUUACCUGGACUGCAAGGGUUUCCUGGGGAAAGAGGACCUAUGGGGCAACGUGGCCUCAAGGGGGACCAAGGAGAUGCAGGCCCACGAGGAUUGCCUGGCUUCCGUGGAAUGACAGGUGACCGAGGCCCAAAGGGAGAAAAAGGAGAUAAAGGAGACAGAGGUACAGAAACAGCACCUGCUGCAGUAGAGGGGGUUGUCCGCCUGGUGAACGGCUCGGGCCCCCACGAGGGGCGAGUGGAAGUUUUCUACAGCCGUCUGUGGGGGACUGUUUGUGACGACGGCUGGGACAAGAAGGAUGGUGAUGUUGUAUGCCGGAUGCUGGGUUUCCGGAGUGCUGAAGAGGUUUACAGGAUGGCUGCGUUUGGGCAAGGGACUGGGCAUAUCUGGAUGGACGAUGUGGCCUGCAAAGGGACAGAGGACAGCCUUUUCCAAUGUAGCUUUUCCAGCUGGGGGAAAACAAACUGUGGACAUGCUGAGGAUGCAGGAGUGACAUGCUCGAAGCUGUGAUAAGAGAAGUUUGGCAGCCAAAGACUAUCCACUGAGAAGGGAACUAUUGGAUCCCAGAGAUUGUUCAACACCGGCAGCCAU